AUGUUCAAGAUUCUUGCCCUGAUUGCCUGCCUGGCUAUCGUUGCCUCGGGUCAGUAUCAUGGAGAUCACUACGAGCACAAGGAACACUACGCACAUCCGAAGUACAAGUUCGAGUAUGGCGUCAAGGAUCCCCAUACCGGUGAUCACAAGACCCAGUGGGAAGUACGUGAUGGCGAUGUCGUCAAGGGAGCCUACACUCUGCAUGAAGCUGAUGGAACCGAGCGUGUGGUCGAGUACAAGUCGGACGGUCAUAACGGAUUCGAGGCCAAUGUCAAGAACGUUGGACAUGCCCAUCACCCGCAGGUGUACGGUGGACACUCAUCGCACGGACAUCAUGAGUACUCUCACGGACCAGGAGCUAGCUAUAGCAACGUACUUGCCCUUAUCGCCUGCUUGGUCAUUGUUGCAUCGGCCCAAUACCAUGGUGAACCCGAGCACAAGGAACACUACGCACACCCGAAGUACAAGUUCGAGUAUGGUGUCAAGGAUCCCCAUACCGGUGACCACAAGACCCAGUGGGAAGUGCGUGAUGGCGAUGUCGUCAAGGGAGCCUACACUCUGCAUGAGGCUGACGGAACCGAGCGUGUGGUCGAGUACAAGUCGGACGGUCACAACGGAUUCGAAGCUGACGUGAAGAAGGUCGGUCAUGCUCAUCAUCCUGAGAACUACGUUAACGUUGAUAAGCACUACUAA